GAAACCUGACCAUUUGAUGGCUGAAGAUUUGCAGCAGCUCACUCUUCAUGCUGCAUGGUCUGCCGCCAACGAACGCAGUUUCCUCUGGCACUCCGCAUCCCGCGACCGUCGCACCAUGGACGAAGCCGCGCUCCGUCUGCAGCGCGCCCCGUUGAACCCGGCCUUCACCGCGGAGGCCGUUGAGGCGAUGAAGCAGCUGGCGCUCUGCGCGGCGUGGCACGCGGCGAACCAACGGCGCUUUUGCUACAGCGAUGCCGAAAAAGACCGGAGAGGUGUUGAGUUCUACGCGGAGCUUCUUGAACGGCUGACCUCGCGUGAUCUGGCGGGCCUCAUCAAACGACUGGCCUGGGACGCGGCUUGGCAUGCGGCCAACACCAGAUCCAUGAUGUGGAAGGAUGCGGCCAAAGACAUCAGGAACUUCCAACGCACCGCCCUGGAGCUGUCGACCUUCCUGGGCGGCAACGCCGACACCAACGAGGACGGCGACAGCGAGGGCUUCCGCACCCCCGACAGCGGCAGCGAGGUCGAGGGCUUCGAGGGGCUGCCCCUGGGGCGAAUGCCCCAGGGCGCCGGGGGAUAUGGUGCUGGGGCCGCUGGGGCCGCUGGGGAUGGCGAUGGCAUCUCCAACUUGGCCACUCGAUCGGUCUUGGACGAAGCCAUUUUGGGAUGGAGAGAAACCUCCACCAAAAUGAGGGAAAAGUCUCAGAUUUGUGCCGCCAGCUUUGUGAAAGCUGCCCUGGCAACCAUUGUGAUCUUUGAUUCUUUUGGAAAGCUGCUGCAGAGUUUUCAGGCCGACAUGAGGAAAAAUGCCAAGAUGAUUCAGCAGCAUGUGAGGAAUGACCAGGUUUCCCUCCAGGAUCUGAUUGAUGGCGAAUGCAAGCAGGCGGGCUCCUAUGCCAAGGCCAUUGUGGAAGGUAGUGCUGCCAUGGGACUUCUGUGGCUCACCCGCGCCUUGCGUUUGUUGGAGAAGACUCUGCAGGUGUUGGACGAAGAACAGCAGCUGCAUAGGUGCAUCCAACUGGGAUACGAAGCCUCCCUGCGGCCGCAUCACAACUUCCUCACCCGCAACGUGAUCCAGGCGGGAAUCCGCGCAGCGCCGUCGCGGGAACAUUUUCUCUCCAAACUGUGUCAAGAAAAUCCCAAGGAGAAAAUUCAGGAAUUCCUGAAAUUUUAUUCUCCAGUUCUGUGCAAAGCUCAUGAAUACCUGCUCAACUGUCGCUUAGAGACUUGAGCAAAAAAGAUGUCCGAUUCGAAAGAGGGCGGAGCUGAUUAGUCAACCAUGGUGGAUACCUGUAUUUUCAUCCACUUUGAUUUACCUAUCUAAAGAGAGCAAACUGAUAAACCGUAGCCACAUGAUGGCACUGCGUGACCGG